GAGUGCGCAUCUACCCAUCACAGAAGAGAAAAUCACGGAGAUUGUGUGGAUUUUACUGAGAUUUUUUUCUGCGUUAUAGAGGUGUCUACGAAAAUUACUGGAGAAAGAGAGGUCUUGAGAAAAUCCUAAAGGCCAUCGCUUUAGGCGAAACCUCUUCACUGGGAACCCUGUGAAGACCAAGAUAACAUGGACGGAUUUUAUGACCAGCAAGUCCCAUUUAUGGUCCCACCCAGUAAAUCGUCUCGUGCAGAGGAGCCAUACAGCAGACCAACCAGCGAGAGGAAAAGGAAGUUUGUGGAUGCAGAGCUCGCUCAGGAUACAGAAGAACUCUUUCAGGACUUGAGCCAACUGCAGGAGAUCUGGAUUGCGGAAGCCCAGGUGCCAGAUGACGAGCAGUUUGUCCCAGAUUUCCAGUCAGAUAGCUUGAUGUUCCAUGGCCCGCCACCAACCAAGAUUAAGCGGGAACUGAGUCCCACCAACGCGCUGUCACCUUGUAGUCAGGACUGCAGUCCCAUGCCCUACGGAGAGAAGUGCCUUUACAGCUACAGUGCCUAUGAGAGGAAGCCCUCGGCCGGGUUCAAGCCCCUGACGCCGCCGUCGACGCCCGUGUCCCCGUGCGGCCCCCCUUCCAACGCCGCUGCCCAGGGCCCCAACCACGCACUGCACGAUCCCCCAUCACAUGCCCCCCUGGUCCCCCCACAGCAGCAGCAGCAGCCGCCGCAGGGCACCCCUACGCUAGCACAGCGCCCCCUAUCCACGCCCCAGGGUACAGCAGCAGCAGCUGCCUCCGCUAGCAGCUCCCACGCCGUUAACGCCGCCGCAGUUGCAGCAGGUCACAGCCAGAGGGCGCUGCCCCUGCACAGCCACAACCACAGCCACGGUCACAACCACAGCCACAGCCAGAGCCCGCCAUUCGCCGUGCCCUGCCCGCCCCUCAAUCAUGACACGCCCUUCAGCUCCGAGCACAGGUUCCAAAGACAGCUGUCCGAACCCUGCCUACCAUUCCCGCCCUCCGAGAGCCAAGGCCGGCCACCCUUCCUGCCCCAGGCUCCCAGCACUUCCCCGCGCGAUGGCAGGAGGCCCCCCUACCACCGGCAGAUGUCCGAGCCCCUAGUGCCCGUGCCCCCCCAGGGCUUCAAGCAGGAGAUGCUGGACCCCCACUACAGCGAGCAGGGGGUCCCCAACAUGGGCCCCUCUCCCGCCGCCUUCCACCCCAUGGCCAUCAAGCAGGAGCCGCGAGACUUCUGCUUCGACUCUGAAGUGCCUAACUGCCAGUCAUCUUUUGGGAGGGCUGCAAGCUUCUUCCACAACCAAGAAAGCUUUGUUUUCGACAGGGAGCAGCACCUGUAUUAUGACGAUGCCUGCGUCGUGCCAGAGAGACUAGAUGGUAAAGUCAAGCAGGAGCCCAGCGUGUACCGCGACGGCCCCCCGUACCAGCGCAGGGGCUCCUUACAGCUCUGGCAGUUCCUGGUCACUCUGCUGGACGACCCCGCCAACGGACACUUCAUCGCCUGGACGGGCCGAGGCAUGGAGUUCAAGCUCAUCGAGCCGGAGGAGGUGGCACGUCGCUGGGGCAUCCAGAAGAACAGGCCAGCCAUGAACUACGACAAGCUGAGCCGCUCCCUGCGCUACUACUACGAGAAGGGCAUCAUGCAGAAGGUUGCCGGUGAGAGGUACGUGUACAAGUUUGUGUGCGACCCUGAGGCCCUCUUCUCCAUGGCCUUCCCCGACAACCAGAGGCCCACCCUGAAGGCGGACCCCGACGGCCUCCCAGGCCUGGAGGACGACACGCUGCCCCUGACCCACUACGACGAGGGCCCGCCCUACAUCGUGGACGCCACAGGGGAGCAGUGCGUCACCGGGAUGCCCUUCCCAGACAGCUACGCCUACUGACUGUCCUCUUCUUCUUCAGGGCAAGAUAGAAGUCAUUUAAGCAUAAAGAUAUGAAAGAUAGACGAUUUUAUCCCAAAGCCCGGACUGCAGCGCAGACUGGAACUCACUAAACCCCCAAUUCAGACUUUUUUGCCCCUCUGCCCUCUCUUCUCUCCCCUCUGUCUUGGCUCUGUUGCCUGACCCUCUCUGAAAUGACCUUUGAACCCCCGGGUACACACCCCUCAAGUUCAAACGAACUCCUGAGAAGGUUUUAGAGGAAACCUGCAAUUCAUUGUGCUCCGUUUUUUUUCCCUCUGGCAUCCACCAGUGGGAAAGUGCCCUCCACCCUCCCGACAGGUGACCGGCAAACUGGCAUUCAGGUUGCACCAAUCACCUGUCAGCAUAGUGAGGUGUGCGUGCGUGCGUUUCCAUGGAGACGAGGAGAACGCCAUUGACUGGCCACGUAGAGAUGAAGAACUGACUGAGGUCUCUUUGUAGACUGCAAGAAGUGUAGCAAUUCCGUUUUGACAAUCUACUUUUUUUUCCUUUUUCUUUUCUUUUCCCCCAAAAAACUUUUACUGUCAACUAAGAGAAGAUAAAGAGAUAUGGUUACCUCUUGGGUCCCUUGUGAACUGUAUGUUCCUUAAAAAAAAACUGAAAUAUAUAUAAAGAGAAAAGGGCUUCACAUUGCAAAAACACCUGGAGAAUACAUCUGUUUAACUGAAUGGCUUGUUUAGACAGCUACUUUUUGUAUAACAACCCUUUUAGUUGAUAAAUUAGACUGUAGGCUAAAGACUGCUGUAGGUACAAUCAAGUUUUCUGUAUUUUUGUUGUAUUGUUCUACUCCUUGAGUUUUGUUUUCAAGUGCAGUGGAUUUGUUUUCUUUCACUUCUAAGCAUUGGCUGUCUCUAUCAAUACCAGCUUUCAAAAAAAUGUUGUGGAAAAUUCUCUACAGGACUGUUAGAUCAUCAUUUCUGAAAUAGUCCACGGUUUAUUUCAGUCAUUCUUGACAAAUAUUGCCACGCAUAUCCGUGCAUACAGACCAUACAUCCUUCACAAUUUUCCACAACAAGCUGACUUUGCUAAAUGCACAAAUGUUUUUUUUUUUUUUUUCUGAGAAGCUCCAAAUAGUCUAUUUAUUUUGGGCCUAGAUCUCCCUCAUGUGGGAGAUCACCGUACAGCAGUGGCAGCAACAUCAAGGAGGACGUUUGCAUGCAGUGAGAUUGUAUACUACAUCCCCACCCUGCCACUCCACUCCUUACUUUAGCCAAACUCCGAUAUACUACUACUAUUGGCCACUGCUUCCUCUUCUUCUGCAUGGUGUACUUAACAAAGCAACUGUCCACUGACAUAUCGUUUCAUGCUGGACAAAAGAAGAAUUUGUGACGUUCUCUGCAUUUUUGUUUUCCUAUGUUUUUUUUGUUUUUGUUUUUCUUGUUGGGGAGGGAAAGUAAAGAAAAAAUAUAUAUAAAUAUAUUUUUGCAAAAUUCUGCAUUUGUUUUGAUUUUAUUGUAUACGCUGUAUAGUACUGUCUAAAAAAAACGACGUUAUCUUUUGAAUCGGAGUCCCUGUGAUGCGACUGCAGAUAAUUAAUUAAUUAAUAAAGAAAGGACACCCUUUUUUCUUGGUGGAGUAGGGAACAGUGCCUUGACUGACAGAAGGAGACGACGGAACAGCAGAGCAGCUUGUAUUACUAACUAGUAGUAUAGAGGGGGGUGUUGGACGGAGUUGCAUUGCUCUCCACUCAGACCACACAAACAAAGGGUUGUCCGCACCUGUAUAGGCUUCGCCCUUUCCUUUCACAAUGUGUACCUUACACUGCUGAGUUUGUGAUCUGUACGGGGUACAAUAAACGUAUUGUUUCUGCUCCA